GCAAGCAAACACAGUAACACCAAAUUCCCCAUUCCUUCAAUUCAAUUCGAUGGCGGCGUUCCCUCUGUCUUCCUCCCUCAACAACAUUUCCAUCGCUCGCAGCACCGUUCGUUCCAUUCGCCGUUCACGAAUCACUUGCUUCUCCAAGAAGCACCACCAAGUCCUCACGAAGGAAGAGGUGGAUCGAAGUGCCACGUCAGCAGGUGUUAUUAUCGUGAGGAUGAUGAAGCGGUUGAAGAGUGUGAUUCCGAUGGUAAUUGCGUCGGUUCAGAUGAGUGUUAUGGUGGUUCCGUUGGUCGAUUACGUGUCAGUUCCUACUGCGAAAGCGGUUCUGUAUUCGCCAGAUACCAAGGUUCCGAGAACUGGAGAAGUUGCUCUCAGAAAAGCAAUUCCUGCAAACACCAACAUGAAGGCUAUACAGGACUCUCUUGAAGAUAUUUCGUACCUAUUGAGGAUUCCACAGAGAAAACCGUAUGGAACAAUGGAGGGGAAUGUGAAGAAAGCUUUGAAGAUAGCGGUAGAUGAAAAAGAUUCUAUAUUGGCAAGUAUACCAGCGGAACUGAAGGACAGGGGCUCUUUGGUACAUGCGUCUCUAAUAGAAGGAAAGGGAGGCUUGCAAACUCUUCUUCAAUCUAUAAAGGAACAAGAUGCAGAUAAAGUAUCUGUGAACCUUGCAUCUACACUGGAUACUGUAGCAGAGCUAGAGUUAUUACAGGCACCUGGAUUAUCAUUUCUAUUGCCGGAGCAGUAUGCGCAAUAUCCACGGCUUUCAGGGAGAGGAACUGUUGAGUUCACCAUUGAGAAAGGAGAUGGUUCUACAUUUUCUCCAGUUGGGGGAGAACGGAAAAAUACUGCCACCAUUCAGGUUGUUAUAGAUGGAUACUCGGCUCCAUUAACUGCAGGGAAUUUUGCAAAACUGGUGAUGGAUGGAGCAUAUAAUGGUGCAAAGCUCAGCUCCACCAACCAAGCUAUUCUCUCAGAUAAUGGAGUUGACAAGAACAGUGGUUACAAUGUUCCCUUGGAAAUAAUGCCCUCUGGACAAUUUGAGCCCCUUUACAAAACAACAUUAAGUGUGCAGGACGGAGAACUGCCAGUUCUUCCUCUUUCUGUUUAUGGGGCAGUUGCUAUGGCUCAUAAUGAAGCCUCUGAGGAGUAUUCAUCACCUUAUCAAUUUUUCUUCUAUCUCUAUGAUAAACGAAGUGCUGGUCUGGGAGGGAUAUCAUUUGAUGAAGGGCAAUUUUCAGUUUUUGGAUACACAACCACUGGGAGAGAUAUUCUCCCACAGAUAAAAACUGGUGAUGUUAUUCGUUCAGCAAGGCUUAUUGAAGGCCAAGAUCGUCUUGUAUUGCCGAAGGAAAGUUAGAGUAUAUUUGUUUGCGGUGUAAACCAAGCAGAAAAGAAUAAUUCAUUCUUUUUAAUAUAUAUGCUGUGUGAAUGGCAUCAGCCUGAUUUUCUAGGUGCAGGUUGUGUUGUAAAUUACGAAAUUAUAUAGGAAUAGGUUGAAAUUUCUAUUCAUUAAAAAACCCAAUUGAACAGGGAGAGAAAUCCUCUAGAAAGGAAUAACUUU